GCUCUGGAUCAGUGGAACAGAGCGACGUUACACCUCACAGACUAAUUACCCAGACUCCCCUUCUUCUCCUCCACACCAACAUACUGUUCCCUCCAUUCUAAUACACUGCUUUUUCAAUCUGGGUGGAGCUGAAUGAUACAGAAAAGGAUUUCUGAUGCUUUUCUCAAGAACUUCAACCAAGAAAAGAUGAUCAGGCUACUAUGCUGAGAGGAUAAGUCUGCUAAGUUUGAACUAAGAGAUAAGAGACCAUGACGAUUGUGACCAAUAAGACGACUCUUGCGGUGCCUCCUUCAGGAGAAGAUAAUGAGGAUCCUCGUCCUCCUGCGACUCCGAGACGCCUCUUCAACGUGAACAACAGCAACAAUAACGAGGAAGAAGAAAAGGACAAAAAGGAGACAAAGGAGAACAAAGAGAAAAAAGAGAAAAAGGAAAAGAAAGAAAAGAAGAAGAAGAAAGAAGACAAGGAACAGGAGAAUGAGAAAGAGAAGGAAAAGGAAAAAGAGAAGGAAAAGGAGAAGGAAAAAGAGAAAGAAAAAGAGAAGGAAAAAGAAAAAGAAAAGGAAAAAGAGAAGGAAAAAGAAAAAGAAAAAGAGAAGGAAAAACCGAAAGACAAAGAUAAGGACAAAAAGGAAGGGCCUAAGGAGGUGUUUGUGAUUAAUCCAGCCAGUAACCUGUAUUACCAGUGGCUGCUGCUCAUCACCUGUCCAGUCAUGUAUAAUUGGACAGUCAUCAUCGCAAGAGCAAGUUUUGAAGAUCUCCAGCAUAAAUAUCUGAUGACAUGGUUCUUCCUCGACUACAUCUGCGAUUUGCUUUAUGCUGCUGAUGUAGCCUUCAGGGCACGGACUGGAUACCUUGAGCAGGGCUUGCUCGUCAAAGACGAGAAGCUCCUGCUCAAACACUACACGUCCAGCUUUCAAUUCCGACUUGAUGUCGUCUCCAUGAUCCCCACUGACGUGCUGUACUUCGUCCUGGGGCUGGACUACCCCGAGAUCCGCAUCAACAAACUGCUGCGCAUCAGCCGCAUGUUCGAGUUCUUCGACCGCUCCAAGGCCAUGACCAACUAUCCCAACUUGUUUGGCAUCUGCACUUUGGUCAUGUACAUCAUCAUCAUCAUCCACUGGAACGCAUGCAUGUACUUCUCUUUCUCCAAAGCAAUCGGCUUUGGUGCGGAUCCCUGGGUUUACCCUUCGCUCGAGGAGCCGGAGUUCGGGGACCUUUUGAGAAAGUACUCCUUCAGCCUUUACUGGUCCACCCUCACGCUCACUACCAUUGGUGAAAUGCCCUCCCCUGAGCAGGACUCUGAGUUUUUCUUCCAUGUGGUGGACUUCCUGAUGGGUGUGCUGGUCUUCGCCACGAUUGUGGGCAACAUCGCCACCAUGAUCUCGAACAUGAACGCAGCGCAGGCCAAGUUCCAGGCUCGCAUUGACAACAUCAAGCAGUAUAUGCAUGUGCGGCACGUCAGCAAGGACUUGGAGGUGCGCGUCAUCAAAUGGUUCGAUUACCUGUGGACCAACAAGAAGGCGCAGGAUGAAAGAGAGGUGCUGAGGUAUCUUCCAGACAAGCUGCGGGCGGAAAUUGGCAUGAACGUACAUCUGGACACCUUAAAAAAGGUGAGGAUCUUUGCAGACUGCGAGGCUGGCUUGAUGAUUCAGUUGGUGCUCAGGUUGCAACCUCAAGUCUUCAGUCCCGGUGACUACAUCUGCCGCAAAGGUGACAUCGGGCGCGAGAUGUACAUCAUCAAGGAAGGAAAGCUGGCUGUGGUGGCUGAUGACGGAAUUACACAGUUUUGCGUUCUGGGUGAUGGCAGCUACUUUGGGGAGAUCAGCAUCCUGAACAUCAAGGGCAGCAAAGCCGGGAACCGGAGGACGGCCAACAUCCGGAGCAUCGGGUACUCUGACCUCUUCUGUUUGACCAAGGAUGACCUGAUGGAGGCCUUGACUGAGUACCCCGAAGCCAAAACCAUGCUGGAGGACAAGGGACGGCAGAUCCUUUUGAAAGACGGUCUCCUGGACCUGGAUCCAGCCAAUAUCAAACCAGACCAGAAGGACCUUGAGGAAAGAGUGAACCGCAUUUACGGCACCAUGAUGCUGAUGCAGGUCAAAGUCAAGAAGCUGCUUGGAGAUUACGAGAAAACCGAGAAAAACCUCAAACAGCGCAUCAAACUGAUGGAGCGUUACACAGGGGAGGAGGUGGAAGAGGAAGAGGAGGAGGAGGAGGAGGUAAAGGAGGAAGAGAAGAAGGAAGAGGAUGCUGCACCAGAGCCAGAGAAGAAAGAUGAUGAGGAGGAGAAGCCUGCAGAGGAGAAGAAGGCUGAGGAGGAGGAGGAAACAAAGCCAGAGGAGGAGGAGGAGGAGGAUAAGAAGACAGACGAGGAAGAGAAGAUGAAGACAGAUGAGUAGAAUUGAAUUAGUUUAAACUGAGCAACUGUGCAAUAAAAUGUUUUCCUCAAGUUUGAAAAAUAUGGUAACUUCGUGUUUUAAGAGUUGCUCAGGACUAAGACACUAAGGGAUGAAUUAUACUUCUGCGUCGAGUCAACUGUCUACAGCGUAGCCUGUGCAAGUGGCCUACGCCGUUGUGAGCAUUUAUAGUUGUGCUGGUGCGUCCGCAUUGCUGUAGAGUUUAAUUGUGCAGGUGGAAAUGCAAAUGUAUGCGACCAAGAUACACAUAUUAUAGGCUGUAUAUUCGACACAGAAGCAUAAAUUGGCCUUAAGACUCUAUGGUACUAUGGUCCUUAGGCUGCAAGUUCGAAAAACCCAGGUCAUGCUCCUUCAGCAUCAGCAGCCAGAGCCCGAGAUAGCACAACUGACCUUUCUCUCUAUGGGUGGGUUUUGUAGAUAGUGCUCUAUCCCCUCAUUACUCCCAUUGUGACGUUGGCCAGCACUGGCAUCUGUUGGCUGAUGCUUCAGCGCAGAGUAUCUGUCAGUUGUUUUGGAAAAGGCUCUCCUAGUGAAGGGAGCAUUGCAAUUCUCAUUUGGGGCUUUCACAUAGGUGAAAUUUGGGCUAGGUGGGCUCCAGGUGGGCCUGGAAGCUUAAUUUAGCUCAAUUUAAGCUCACAUGGGUCUUAUUUAGGACCCUGGUUCAAUGUUUAACCCCUUCUGGUCCCUUUAAUGACCUUGUUAUCUGGUUAGGAUAAUUGGCUAAGCUAAUUGUAAGGUAAAUAACAAAAAUAAAUAUGAUAACAUGUAGAACAUUCUGGAACACAACCCAGCAGUUAAAAUAAAUAGCAAACAAAUCUGUGGUAUUGCAUGAAGUGUUUAGUUCCCCAGACCCUGAUUAUGUUUAGUCCUGUGCUAAAAAGGGCUUUUCGAAUGUAAAUCACCACUUGCACUACAAUUUAGCAAUCUGCGUCCACAUAAUCAGCCCUGUUUGUUUAUGUCACGUUUUGAAUGGCUCUCACACAUGUUAAUACUAGUAAAUUAGGCCCUUCUGUAUUCAUAGCCAAUCGCCAGCUCAACAUAAGUGGUGACCAAUCCCGCACCUGGAGCUUCACCUCCUCACACAGCAGAUUUCCUUUCCAGUCCAAACCCAAUACAGCCAAUUUAACCAAUCAAACACUUUCAAAGGCACUAUUUGUAUAUAAGUGUAUGUAUAAUGUAGGGUGGUCAAUGGUUGGGAGUUAAAGUGCAAUCAGAAGAUUAAGAACUGGGCUGUUGACCAAUGGUCUCCAUGAUCUUCAGUGGCAGUACACUCAAAGGACCACUGGACUGCAGCAGAGAGUUGGACAAAUGUUCUGAGAAUGAUGAAUUUAGUAUAUGAAUACAUGAUGAAUUGUUCUUUUAGGGUUGUAUAAAUGUGAUGUAUGGAAACUUCAUUUUAUUAACUUCAUCAGUUAAUUAUAGUCAUCAUUUUACAAUAUUCAUUGAUAGAGUAACUUUAAAACCAUGCUCUCUUCAUCUUUUAUCUUCAUCUUCACCCAUAAACCUCUAAUGUAACAUUUUAUAAGGACUAAAUCUUUUAUAAGCUCAUGUUUUACAGACUUUUAAUCUUUAUAUUAGCAUAACAGUGAUGUUAAAAGAACAUAUAGAGAUAGAUAAAGAAAUGUAUCUUUGUGUUAUAGGGGAGAUUUGACAGUAUAUGUAAAUAAGUGUUAAAUAAAUCUGUAUAUUUUGCUGA